UUUGGCUCAGCUAGCGUUGAAAGCAAGCUAGCUACGUGCAUGUCGUUGUUGUUGUAUGUAAACCUGUCUUCCGGAAAAUCUGCUUUAAGUAUGAUUAAUUUGCUUAUCUACACUACCUGUUUGUGUACAAGCUUGAAAUGACCGGAGGUCCAUUUGACUGCCCGGGUUAGCCUGCUUGGUGUCCAGCAGAGGGGCGUAAUAGAAAAAGAGGCUCGCUGCCGCCCUCGUAGUCUUGACAACAGCUUCCUCCUUGCUAGCUUGAGUUCCUCCCUUGUCUAUGGGGCAUUUUAGCGGUUAACUAGCUGAAAUACUAUAAGGUGGCGGAUACACGUCAAUUUGUAAUCAGCGGAGCGAACCAAGACACGGAAAUCUAGCUGUUCAUGUUUCGCCAAGAAGUCAGUGUGACGUCUUUCAUUCCGUCUUGUUCGUAUCUUUUCCAACAAGAGAAAAGGAAUAUGUCCCGAUAUAACAUAUACAGCCUGCUGGACUGGAUUUACGGCGGUGUGGACCCCAAGUUCGAGGGCAACGGGGGCCCCGAGUGUGCAGCCUUUAUCGCUCCCCAGCAACGAGUUAUUGAGACUCUCAUCAUCCUCCUCGUGUUUGUGAUGGAGAUCGGCGCUACGCUGAAGAAAAUCAACAUCUCCAAAGAGUUCCGAGUGGUCGGAAGAGACUGUACAAAGACCAAGGAGGACAGUCUGAGCAAAAACCUGCUGCUGGUUUCCCUCUGCAUGACUUUUGGGGUAGAGGUUGGGUUCAAGUUCGCAACAAAGACUGUGAUUUAUCUGCUGAAUCCCUGUCAUGUGGUGACCAUGAUUCAGAUCUUUCUGCUGGCCUGUCCACCUUGUAAAACAGCUAUGGUCAUAUUUAGGCUGCACGUCCACAUGUUAAAUGGAGCUUUACUGGCUUUAAUGUUCCCCGUCGUCAAUACCAGACUGCUGCCGUUCGAGAAGGAGAUCUACUACAUCCAGCACUCCAUGAUGUACUUGGUGCCUCUUUACCUUUUCAGAAAAGGAGGUGUGUACCGGCCGGAGCCCCUAGGGGACAUGUGGUGGGCCCUCCUCUCCACAGGCAUCCUGUUCCUCUAUCACUUCGGCUUCCUGCAGAUCCUUGGCCUGGCGACUGAGGUCAACUUGAACAACAUGCUGUGUCCGGCCGUGUCCGACCCCUUCUACGGGCCCUGGUACCGAGUGUGGGCCACGGGCCACCAGACUCUGCUGACCCUGAUCCACGGAAAGCUCCUCACCCUCCUGUCACAUCACACCGGCUCUGUCUGUAGAUACGUGCUGGACACACUCCGACUGCGCAGCAAGAAGGUGGACUAGAAGUCCACGCAGUCUCUCCCUCUUAAUGAGAUUUUCUUUUUAAACCAACAUUUUUAACGGAUCUUUUAAGACUUACUUUCUGCUCUGUUGCAACAAGGGAAGGUUGCAGGCCAGUGAAAUCAGCGUGUCAGUCAUUGUUUUGUACGUGGCUUGUAUACAUACUCGCAUGCACAGCUGUAAUGUGCAUUUUAAAGUUGUUACUGUGGAGCGGAGCAGGUUUUACAAAAAUACUCUGUCCAGACUCGGGUAAAUGACUUCCAGAAAAGGUUAUCUUGCUGCUUUUUUUCUGUAAGCUUUCGGGGACACAAACCAGAACCGCCUGACUCCUCUGCAGUCGUUACUUUCAGUUUUUAAACCCGCUAUUUACUAGUACUUAUUUUAUUUUGGUAAAAGCUGCUGUUUUAGUCGUCUCAAGUGCGCUUUGAAGCAGAUUGCAAACGUAAAAGUUAUCGCUUGUUCAUAGUGUGAGAACGUGUGUGUGUUCUCCGUGUCGUCACAGCUGAAGAAGCCAAAAAAAAUAAUUCACAUACAUGUCGACUUUUAAAAGUGUUUUAUAAGUGGCUUCUUUUGUCUUUGUGUCUCCAGCCUGUUCAAAUGCCUUCCAGUUCUGAUAAUCAGGGGACACAAGACUCCAUAAAUGCUGUAAGUCAAGGUGAUGAGUACAGGAUCUAACCUGGACGGUGUGUUCCCCUCCUCUGAGGAGGUUGUUUUUGUUUGAAUUGUUUUAUUGUAUUUGACUAUAUUUAUCAGUGUCUAUCGUUAUGCACAUUAAGAUACACACAGCUUUCCACCAUCAGAAGAAUGUUUAUAAAAAUGUGUAUCUGAGCUGGUAUUAUGUCAUCACGCUUGUUAAAGGUGUGUACGGUAAUCUGCAUGAAGCCGUUUAUAAUCCACCAUCAGCCAUAAUUGAAGUUGUCCCUCAUAGACCUACGUCAUUUCAGCUAUGAUGGUUUUAUAUAAAAGUAUAUAUAUAAUCGUUACGAUUUAGUGUCAAGAAAGGAGAAAAGGAAGUUUUGUACUCGUCAGUUCAAAUCUAUGUUCUGUGUCAACAAUAAAAGGGAUUAAAAUUG